CGCGCGGGAACUCCACGGAAGGGGCGUGGCCGGCCGUUGCCUAGGAGGGGCGCGUGGUCUCGCUGCUCGCUGGGCUGCGGUGGUGAAGGGCUUCCCCUGCGUUUUGUCACCCUAGCAGAAGCCAGGACUCUGGAACACUUUCUGCUGCCUGUGGAUCUUCUGUACUGACAGUUUACCAGAAAGCUCCAGCCGCACAGUUGCUUCCAGUCUACCACUGUCAGACACUUCCUGCCGCCCAUCCUUUCCUCUUGGAGAGGAGUUGCAAUAAGGAGUCUCUCACCUCGACUGUUGCAGUUGCCUUUACCAUCAUGCCGAAGAAUAAAGGCAAAGGAGGCAAAAACAGGCGCAGAGGUAAAAAUGAAAAUGAAUCUGAAAAAAGAGAGUUGGUGUUUAAAGAAGAUGGGCAAGAAUAUGCCCAGGUGAUCAAAAUGCUGGGAAAUGGACGGUUGGAAGCAAUGUGUUUCGACGGUGUAAGGAGGCUGUGCCACAUCAGAGGAAAGUUGAGAAAAAAGGUUUGGAUAAAUACCUCAGACAUUAUAUUGAUUGGUCUACGAGACUAUCAAGAUAACAAAGCUGAUGUAAUCUUAAAGUAUAAUGCAGAUGAAGCAAGAAGUCUGAAGGCGUAUGGAGAACUUCCAGAACAUGCGAAAAUCAAUGAAACAGACACAUUUGGUCCUGGGGAUGAUGAUGAAAUCCAGUUUGAUGAUAUUGGAGAUGAUGAUGAAGACAUUGAUGAUAUCUAAGCUAACCUAAGCAUGCUACAUCCCAAGUUUUCUGAAGAUAGUUUUGCAUACUUGGGAUCUUGACCUUCAGCUGUUAAGUAAAACUUCUUUUAGCAUGAGUAUGACUUGUUAAAGCAGAUUGAUGUAUUUUUAUUUUUUAAAGUAUUAUAUUUCUUUGAAAACCAAAGAUGUUAUCGUAAGUGACAUGUUAACCCUUUGUUCUUAUCUAUGUAACUGAACUUAGGGGUAGAGCAGUGUGCACUGUUGAGAUUGCCUUUCCAUUUGUGAUGCUUCAUUGUGUCAGCAGUUCUGCCUGUUGAGCAUCCUGGGCUGAAUAUACCCCAGUUCCAGCACAUCUGCUUCAGGCCCUUCCUUAUGCCUUGAGACUUGAGUCAGAUUUCCACAUUUUAGUCAGAAUGCAGCUGUUUUUGUACUUAUGGAGCCAUGCCAUUUUAUACUUUUCAUGUUCUGUACAUUUUAGCCUUUAUGUUGUUGCCACCCAUAAAUAGGCAUUUCGCAGUACAGUUUUUAAAUUACAUCAGUAGCAAUUUUGAGUUUUAAAAAUUAGCCAUUGCAGAAAUUAAACACUUAGGUGAUAAUCAUCUUGAGUUUAGAAAUACAGUAGUUGACAAUGUUUAUAUGUAAUUUUUACUUUCCUAAGGCAUAUGCAAGAAUUGAAAAUAAAAAGUGAAAUAAAUAUGUUCUGAUACUUGCAUAGAGAAGGUGGUUGUUAAUAGCACAUAAAACAUUUUUACUUUGCAAAGUAGGUUGUGUAAAAAGUCAUUUCCAAAAAGUUAGCUACUGUAUGGAGGCUUUGAAUAAUUUCAUUGCUGUGUAUGGAUUAAAGUUAGUUACAUAAUUGUAUAAACACAGUCUUCCUGAACCUCAGCGUGGGUUAAGGGAGAGGAGCCACAGCUUAAUGCAGAGGCAGUCCCUGUUUCCUGAACUGCAGAGUCCAGAAGAGAGGCCCAGUGAAAUGUGGGCAUGAAAACACUUUUUACUUUUAAUAUGUUCAUUAUCUCUCUGGUAUGUAACAAAAAUAAAUGACUGGAUGAUUUUUAGUUCA